GGUGAGUGCGCGUGGCUGAGUGUGGCGGGGACGCGCGUGGUGAGCGAGACCGUUCUCCGUCCACGCCGGGCUUCGCUGGGUCUGGCCACGGACCCAUACUGUAGUGGGAGAGAUUUUCUGCAAGUUAUCCUCUGACCGCUUUGUGGAUUUCAUAGAUGGCACUACCUUCUCCCCAGAUAAAUAAAUGUACACAAAAAAGAAAUUCUCCAGCUUAGAUGGCAUCUGAGGCAGAGCCCCGUCCCCUGGGCAUGUUUGAGUGCCAGCUCUGUGCCUUGACAGCUCCUUAUACCUAUGUUGGGCAGAAGCCCCCAGACACCCAGGCUGUUGUCCUCCUGGAGGAGAGCUACAUCAUGAAGGACCCCUUCUCCUCUGACAAGGCCAAGUUUCUGGUCCUCGGCUCUCGGUGCAGUGUGUGCAGCAGGCUGGUGUGUGUGGGCCCGGUGGGUACACCUGGGGACCUCCCAGGUUUUGCCCUGAAGAUCUGGGAACCUCCUGAUCAGGACUGCAGCCUAUUCUAUGCCAAGAGGGUCUGCCUCCCCUGUGUUCAGGAGAAUAUCAGUGCUUUCCCUCAGGAAAUCCGUCAGGAUGUGGAGAAGAGAAAAGGUGCCUCUAAGAGGCCCUCCAGCCAUCCUUGAAUGGCAGGGGCACAACCUCCUAUGCGGCAUUGGGCUGGGCUCAGCCAGGAUUCCAGCUGAGAGCCGGAGCCGAGGAACUGGCCAAGACUGAGGACAGACAGCAGGAGUGGAUCCAGCUGGAGCUCCAGGCCUGGCCUCUAGUGGAGACCGGGAGUGAGGAAGAGGGAGCCUCCUUCAGUUAACAACUGGUAGACACUUCCUGUAGCUGUUCAUGUGGGAAGACAGCUGGCUUCUCUCCAGGACUUCAAGUGACAUGAUGUCAUCUGCCUAGGGAAAUCAGCCUCUGAGGGCUAGUGGCAGGGCCAGAGGGCAUGCAAGGGUUACGUCACAUCCUGUAUAAUGCCUGGGAAAUGAUUUAAACUUGACUCUGUCUCGUAUUUCUAAUUAAAAAUCUGAAGGAUAA